AUGGGACUAGAGCAACACGUCGACUUCAGUACCCAUACUGGUGGAAACUGCUUAGACCUGCUCAUUACGGAAACAGUGAAUGGUGUUGAGGUUCAUUCAUACAACAAUGCGUCCUACGACAACAACGCCUCCGACGACAACAAUGCGUCCUACAACAACAAUGCGUCCUACAACAACAAUGCCUUCUACGACAACAAUGCGUCCUACGACAACAAUGCGUCCUACGACAACAAUGCGUCCUACGACAACAAUGCCUCCGACGACAACAAUGCGUCCUACAACAACAAUGCGUCCUACGACAACAAUGUCUCCUACAACAACAAUGCCUUCUACGACAACAAUCCCUUCUACAACAACAAUGCGUCCUACGACAACAAUGCCUCCUACAACAACAAUGCCUUCUACGACAACAAUCCCUUCUACGACAACAAAGCCUCCUACGACAACAAAGCCUCCGACGACAACAAUGCAUCCUACGACAACAAUGCGUCCUACAACAACAAUGCCUUCUACGACAACAAAGCGUCCUACGACAACAAAGCCUCCGACGACAACAAUGCGUCCUACAAUAACAACGCCUCCGACGACAACAAUGCGUCCUACAACAACAAUGCACCCUACGACAGCAAUGCCUCCUAUGACAACAAUGCGUCCUACGACAACAAUGCGUUCUACGACAACAGUGCGCCCUACGACAACAAUGCGUCCUACGACAACAAUGUCUCCUACAACAACAAUGCCUUCUACGACAACAUUGCGUCCUACGACAACAAUGCCUUCUACGACAACAAUGCGUCCUACAAAAAGUACGCCUCCGACAACAACUAUGCGUCCUACAACAACAAUACGUCCUACGACAACAACGCCUUCGACAACAACAAUGCCUCUUACGACAACAACGCCUCAGAAAACAACAAUGCCUCCUACGACAACAAUGCCUUCUACGAGAACAACGCCUCCGACAACAACGCCUCCGACAUCAACAAUGCGUCCUACAACAACAAUGCGUCCUACAACAACAACGCCUCCGACAACAACGCCUCCGACAGCAACAAUGCGUCCUACGACAACAAUGCCUCCUAUGACAGCAACAUUGCGUCCUACAAAAACUACGCCCUUGACAACAACUAUGCGUCCUACGACAACAAUGCGUCCUACAACAACAUUGCCAACAAUGCCUCCUACAACAACAUUGCGUCCUACAACAGCAUUGCGUCCUACAACAACAAUUCGUCCUACAACAACAUUGCGUCAUACAACAACAAUGCCUCCUACAAGAACAUUGCGUCCUACAACAACAAUGCCUCCUCCAACAACAUUGCGUCCUACAACAGCAUUGCGUCCUACAACAACAAUUCGUCCUACAAGAACAUUGCGUCCUACAAGAACAUUGCGUCCUACAACAACAAUGCCUCCUACGACAACAAUGCCUCCUACGACUACAACGCCUCCAACAACAAUGCGUCCUACAACAACAAUGCGUCCUACAACAACAACGCCUCCGAAAACAACAAUGCGUCCUACAACAACAACGCCUUAGACAACAACAUUGCGUCCUACGGAAACUACGCCUCCGACAACAACUAUGCGUCCUACGACAACAAUGCGUCCUACGACAACAACCAUGCGUCCUACGACAACAAUGCGUCCUACGACAACAAUGCCUCCAAUGAAAACAACAUUGCGUCCUACAACAACAACGCCUCCGACAACAACAUUGCGUCCUACGACAACAAUGCUUCCUACGACAACAACCAUGCGUCCUACGACAACAAUGCCUAUUAUGACGACAACAUUGCGUCCUACGACAACUAUGCGUCCUACGACAACAAUGCGUCCUACGGCAACAAUUCCUCCUAUGACAACAACUAUGCGUCCUACAACAACAACGUCCUACGACAACAAUGCGUCCUACGACAACAAUGCGUCCUAAGACAACUAUGCGUCCUACGACAACAACGCCUCCGACAACAACUAUGCGUCCUACGACAACAAUGCGUCCUACGACAACUACGCCUCCGACAACAACAAUGCGUCCUACGACAACAACGCCUUAGACAACAGCAAUGCGUCCUACGACAACUACGCCUCAGACAACAACAAUGGGUCUUACGACAACUACGCCUCAGACAACAGCAAUUCGUCCUACGACAACUACGCCUCAGACAACAACAAUGCGUCCUACGACAACUACGCCUCAGACAACAACAAUGGGUCUUACGACAACAACUCAAACCACAACAAUGUACCUUAAAACAACAACAAAGACACUAG